UGCACCCCAGGGCGCCGAGGGCGGGGGCGGGGUCGGACUCGGUAUAAGACAGCCGCCGUGCGCCGGGCUGGAGACUCCUGGCUCCCAAGCGAGUCUGGCGCCCGGGUCGGAUCUGACCUCCCUGAGCUGAGAAGGGGCUUCAUCUACGCCGCACCACAAGAGACACCUCCCUGCCUGGCAGCCCCUGAGAGGCUCAGAGGGGUCACCAUGACGACACCCUUGGUGAUCCUGCUGCUGACCUUCGCCCUCGGAUCUGCUGCACAGGAAGACCAGGGCAACAAGAAUGGGGAGAAGAUUAUUGAUGGAGUCCCGUGUCCCAGAGGCUCCCAGCCCUGGCAGGUGGCCCUGCUCAAGGGCAGUCAGCUCCACUGCGGAGGCGUGCUGCUCAAUGAGCAGUGGGUGCUCACUGCUGCCCACUGCAAGAUGAAUGAGUACAACGUGCACAUGGGCAGUGAUCGGCUGGUGGGUGGCCAGAAGAUCAAGGCCACGCGGUCCUUCCGCCACCCAGGAUACUCCACACAGACCCACGCCAAUGACCUCAUGCUGGUGAAACUGAAUGGCCGGGCCAAGCUGUCGUCCAGUGUGAAGAAAGUCAACCUGCCUUCCCGCUGCGACCCCCCCGGGACCAUGUGCACUGUUUCUGGCUGGGGCACCACCACCAGUCCUGAUGUGACCUUUCCAGCAGAGCUCAUGUGCACAGAUGUCAAGCUCAUCUCCCCACAAGACUGCAGGAAGGUUUAUAAGGACUUGCUGGGAGACUCCAUGCUCUGUGCUGGCAUCCCUAACUCCAGAACCAACGCCUGCAACGGUGACUCAGGGGGACCACUUAUGUGCAAAGGUACCUUGCAAGGCGUGGUGUCCUGGGGAAGUUUCCCUUGCGGCCAACCCAACGACCCAGGUGUCUAUACCCAAAUCUGCAAGUAUGUCAAGUGGAUAACAGAGACCAUAAGAAGAUACCGCUAAUCUCUCCACUCCCAUCUCUCCAUCCCUACGCCCUGGAGCAGGAAAUUUACAGAAAUAAGGAGCUCAGUGACCUACAGUCUUACUUGACUUUAUCUUUCCUCAGAGGCAUCUCAAAACCUCAACAAUAUGUGUGUAAGCCAAUCAAAUCAGUAAGGACCUAAAAACCAAACAAAUACAAAAACCUUGAUGUUGGUAAGGAUGUAGUGAGACCAGCCCUCUCUGCCACUGAAACUGUAAAUUCAUACAGUUUUUAUGGAAGGUGAUUUGGCAGUGUGAGUGAGGACAUUUGUUUUAUCCUCCACCUUUGACCUAGUGAUUCUAGUUGUCUACUAAAAAAAAAAAAAAGUCCAAAAUGUGGAGCAAAGUUGGAAUUUAUCACAAUGUUAUUUUUCAUAACAAAAUAGUGGAAACACAGAAGGUGUCUAGAAACAGCGGAUUGUUCAAACGGUAGGCUGGUUUGAGGCAAGGAUAUUCUGAAGCUGUUAAGAAUAAUUAUGCAGAAUUCUUAGUAUCAUGUGAGGAUGUUUAUGCUAUGUGAUGUUAAAUGAAGGAAGGAAUCUACAGAAAUAUAUGUGUGUGUGGUUCUCACUAUGUAAAAUGAAAAUAUUCACAAAAUUAAACCUGAAGGACGUGUACCAACCUGCA